AGGCAUUAGCCUAUCACAUUUUCACUGAGUGACAGUGACACCAAGAGGAAACCAUCUGAAGAGUUACAACCUACUGCCAAACAGUCGUGGGUAGUGAGUACUGGCUCAGUCACACGAUUAGAAGAGUUUCAUUUAAGGAUUCUCUCUCUCUCUCUCUCUCUCUCCCUCUCCCUUUCUCUCUCUCUCUCUCUCUCUCUCUCUCUCUCUCUCUCUCUCUCUCUCUCUCUCUCUCUCUCUCUCUCUCUCUGUCUCUCUCACACACAGCGCAUCGGACCAUUUCAAACCACCAGCAGCAACUCAGACCUGUAUAGCCGCUGCCGGGACUCCGCACCGCAGACGCCCUCGGUGUCGGAAAAUGUGUGUUCUCCCUCGGCUGACCUCCAUCCCAGACCAAAAGCCACCGGAGAGAGUGUGCAACUCCUGCCCAUGAGAUGCAUCUCCAAGCGGGGCGUCACGAGCGCAGACGCCCUCCGUCGUGGAUAUGGACAAGGUUUGACCGGGUUUGGCUCGCUGCCAUGACGGUUGUGAUGUGGAUACAGAUGAGACCGCUCCAAGCCUUUCCCACCACUUCCCUCAGCCACUGUCAGACUCCUACCGGCUGGAACUGCUCUGAUUCAGAGGACAGGGACUCUGUCUUCCAGUGUGACACAGAGUCCUGUCAGUAUGACGGGGAGUGUCUAAAGAUAGCAGAGACCAUGACCUGCAUCUGUGACUUUAAGUGUAGUGCAGAUUAUUCCCCUGUGUGUGGUUCCAACAAUCACCGAUAUCAGAAUGAGUGUUUUCUGAGACGGGAAGCCUGUCAGCUUCAGACGGAGAUUCACACUGCAUCUCUGGGUCCUUGUCCUACAGACGCUGGUUCAGGAUCAGGUGAUGGUGGUGAAGGUGUUUCUCUCCCAGAGAGUUCUGGAGAGGCUGGUGUAGGACAGAGGGACUCGUCCUGUGAGAUGUGUCAGUUUGGAUCGGAGUGUGACGAAGACGCAGAAGAUGUAUGGUGUGUGUGUAACAUCGACUGUUCCCACAUCAGUUUCAACCCUGUGUGUGCUUCAGAUGGCCGUUCCUAUGACAACCCCUGUCAGGUAAAGGAGGCUUCGUGUCAGAGACAGGAGAGGAUCGAGGUCACACACCUGGGCCACUGCCACGGGGAGGGGCCGAGGGACCUGUACAUCCCCUGUCCUUCCCGCUACAGGAACUACUGUCUCCAUGGAGACUGUCAAUACCCUGACAACCUAGGCCCGCCCUCCUGUAGCUGUCAUGCAGGGUUCAGCGGGCCCCAGUGUGAGCAGAAGGACUACAACGUUCUGUUUGUGGUUCCAGGAUCUGGAAAGAUCCGCUAUGUUCUCAUCGCCUCUGUCAUCGGAGCGCUACAGAUCACCAUUAUCACCCUGGUGGUGCUGUGUGUCACAAGGAAGAGCCCUGGGAAGAAGAGGAAGUCUGUCCAGAAGCAGAGUGGGGCUCUGUACGAUACAGACAGCACGCUCCGCACUGCUACUCUUCACAUCUGACACACCACAUUAACAGUUGAAGUCGGAAGUUUACAUACACCUUAGCCAAAUACAUUUAAACUCUGUUUUUCACAAUUCCUGACAUUUAAUCCGAGUAAAAGUUCCCUGUCUUAGGUCUGUUAGGAUCACCACUUUAUUUUAAGAAUGUGAAAUGUCAGAAUAAUAGUAGAGAGAAUUAUUUAUUUCAGCUUUUAUUUCUUUCAUCACAUUCCCAGUGGGUCAGAAGUUUACAUAUACUCAAUUAGUAUUUGGUAGCAUUGCCUUUAAAUGGUUUAACUUGGGUCAAAUGUUUUGGGUAGCCUUCCACAAGCUUCCCACAAUAAGUUGGGUGAAUUUUGACCCUUCCUCCUGACAGAGCUGGUGUCACUGAGUCAGGUUUGUAGGCCUCCUUGCUCACACAUGCUUUUUCAGUUCUGCCCAAAAAUUGUCUAUAGGAUUGAGGUCAGGGCUUUGUGAUGGCCACUCCAAUACCUUGACUUUGUUGUCCUUAAGCCAUUUUGCCACAACUUUUGGAAGUAUGCUUGAGGUCAUUGUCCAUUUGGAAGACCCAUUUCCGACCAAGUUUUAACUUCCUGACUGAUGUCUUGAGAUGUUGCUUCAAUUUAUCCACAUCAUUUCCCCUCAUGAUGCCAUCUAUUUUGUGAAGUGCACCAGUUCCUCCUGCAGCAAAUCACCCCCACAACAUGAUGCUGCCACCCCCGUGCUUCCUGGAUGGGAUGGUGUUCUUCAGCUUGCAAGCCUCCCCCUUUUUCCUCCAAACAUAACGAUGGUGAUUAUGGCCAAGCAGUUCUAUUUUUGUUUCAUCAGACCAGAGGGCAUUUCCCCAAAAAGUACGAUCUUUGUCCCCAUGUGCAGUUGCAAACCGUAGUCUGACUUUUUUAUGGCCUGUUUUGGAGCAGUGGCUUCUUCCUUGCUGAGCUGCCAUUCAGGCAUCUAGUUUUACUGUGGCUAAAGUGUAUGUAAACUUCCGACUUCAACUGUAUAUACACACAGAAAACACAGACAGCACACUCCGCACUGCUACAAGCCUCAUCUAACACAUAUGGCACAGACAGCACACUCCGCUUGUCACACACUCACCACUACCCACAACCCCCCUCUGUUCACUCAUCUAAUCCGACCCAUCCUCUUACAAACCUACUAAGUGUCUCAACGUGCCAAAAUGGUCCAGACCUCUUUGCAGACGCAGGACACUAUUUGACUAUGAAAGUUGUAGAGGUUCAGGAUUGAUAAUGACCCGAGGACUCACUGAAGACAAACUGUGAGGAGGAAACACGAUGGGACUAUUUGACUGUUAGUACUGUAAUGUAAUAUCUAUAGGCUCGGAUGGACCUCCACAUGGAAAAAUGAUGAUUAUGAUGAUGAUGUUACCCUUUUUCAAUCUUGUGAAUAAAUAAUUUAUACCACC